CACCUUACUGCUAUCAAUUGGUAUGGUAGGUACUCGGUACUACCUGAUAGGCUGCCACCUUGGCAUUUCAAAUGUUCAAACAUUUGUCAAUGUCAAAUCCAUUUUCCAAUUGACAACUUAUUUAAAUCAAAUCAAGUCAAACUAAAGCUCUCACCUAUGACGACAAAUCCUUGAGUUCAAUCCAACUCUACCUAGAUGGAGAGUUGGUUCAAGGAAGUGGGUCGGCCUGCCCUAUUUGACGCGCUCACUGGAGUAUGUGAUCAGAUUGAUAACCAGCUCGAUGCGGGUCUCAAGCCAUACAUUGAGGAGAAUUCUCGGCUUCAUGCCGAGGUCAAGGAUCUAAAAAGCAAGGUCUCUGACGUAGACCGCUUAAAUGAAGAAUCUGGACGAUUAAAAAAGGAACUUCUGGCUCUCCAGAACGACAAGCUUGCAGGUGCCUCAGUCAAAGCCCCAUCUGAUAGAUUUGAUGAUGACGCCAGGAACAUGCGGACUCCCCUUGCUCCCAUGUCUACAAACAAGGUCACAAAUUCCAAGCGAUCUACCUCUACUAAACCUAGUACUUUCAACAUCGAGGGUCUCAAGUUUUCUGAGCUCAAGGAGGAAUAUUUGAAACUCGACAACAAGUUCACAAAAUUACAUGGGAAGUACUUGGAACUUCAAGAUGCUCAUACAGUGUUGAACCAACUCCUUCGAGAAAAGACGAAGUCCUACCAUGAUUGGAUGAACCAUGCAAAUGAGUUAAAUGAGCUAUGUCAAAAGCGGCAGCGGAUAAUUAAGAAGCUGGGUAUCAAGUUAAAAGCGUCAGCGGCGGCAGUAUCUGGUCCCUUUGAGGGGUAUGAUUCUUCUGACACCUCUGUCUGGCCUGCAAGUAUGCAACAAGUGGCUGAGUCCGAACGAUUCGAAGGAAGACCUAGCCAUGUACCGGAAGGGACUCCAUCGAUACGACCGCCUACUAUCGUCGAGGUUGCUGACUGCAAGCCUGCAAAGUCAGAUUUUAUGGGGCUGAUGACGAUGGAUGAAGAGUCACGAGCCAGCCAAAGAGACGAAACCCCUGACUCCGAGCUCUAUAAUACCACUGAAGACGACGACGCAAAUAUAUUGCCACCUCUGGCUCAGAUUGAAAUUUCGGGCCCAAAAGAUGUGGUCGUCAAGAACGAAUCAUCAUCAGAUCCACCAGUCAUAGUUUCAGAGCGUUGCUUGCGCAAGAGGAAACUUGGUGAUGAUGAAAGGAAGAAGACUCCAACUCUAGCCAAAAUUAAGCUAGAAGAUAGUUCCGAUCCAUUGGUUAUUGGGGAACAACGUCGUUUUGUGCCAGAUGAAGAUAUUGAUUUUGACGCUGAAGGGGGGAGGGUAGAGACGCCGAGGAAGCGGAGCAGAACUAGGCCAGCAUCUGAAGAAGUACUCGCUUCAAAACCAGCUAAUCUACACAACGAAAAUAGUCGACUCAGAAGCAGAGGUGGAGAAAUACAUAUACUAAAUUCCGCGGCAAAACCGAACCACGUUCCCAUUACACCCACUGAUCAUCAUACGGCUGCCCCUCUACCAGAAACUGAGAAUCACUCUUCCCUGUUAACGCCCUCAGACCGCAAUUCAAUUCUUCGUCACAGACCAGAAGCGCAUUAUGUAGCAAAACAGAAGGCAUCGCCCUUAUACAAUGGUAUUGCUAGUCUCCUAGAAGAUGGUGACCACGAUGAAGAAUCAAUAUCCACGAUAAAGAGGAAGUCAAAAGCAGGUCGCCUCCAGGGACUCCUCGGCACUCCUCUACCAGAGCGUGAGGUCAUUUCCAUAUCUGCCAAUGUACGGCAAGGUCAUUUUCCCAUCUCUAAACCUUCCACGACCCAAGUACCGCAGAGACGCGAGUUGCCUUUUGACAAGAAUAGCCCGAGGGAGCCUCUUGCACUCAUUCGGCCUCAUUAUAAUACGGAAUUAUCCAGCCGUAAUGAAGGAUCUGCAACUAAGAACGCGAAGCGGGCCUCUGAUAAGAGAGUAGCAAACGAGGUGAUUGAUGGCCAUAAGCGCUUACGAGAACGUCCCAAAUCUGAGUUAGGCAUUGGUGACUUUAGAAUUAACCCCAACGCUAACAAUGGCCUCGAUUAUGCUUUUACUGAUGUCGUUCGAAACAAGGAUGAACGAGCUGGGUUGGCAGGGUGCGUUCAGGAAGGUUGCUGCGGUCAGACGUUUCGGCUACAAGCACGUGUCGCACGUGACCACACUAGUUCAUCAGACUUUCAGGCCUUGUUAGAAAGAUAUCUGGGCGAUGAAGCCUGGAAAUUGGGAACUAUGAGCAAACCAGAGAAAGAAGAGUUGUGGCUUGAGGCCAAGACACAGGAACUCGCCAACGAGGAUGGUAGGCAUCGCCAUCGCUUUCACCGUGCACCAUCUCCAGCAGGGUUCUGGCGGCCAGAUUUUCCAAAUACCCAAGAGGAACAAAAGGACAAGGAAGAAGCGGCCAGGAUGACACGCAAGAUUAUCGACGAAAGAUAUCGGGAGGCUAUGCGUCCCGGUGGGAGAUGGUUAUUCAGAGACGAAUGAGGCUUGUGCCGCUAACAUGUUGGUAACCAGCUACAGUAACAGCACAAAGAGAAAUCACGGUAACAUGAAUAUUUCAAGUUUGUUAGCCUUGAAGUUGCAAGGCAGGGUUAACAGCAACUUGAAAAUACAUACCUAGUACAUAUGGAUACCCAAAUUCAAGUGUAUGCAAACACAUUUACAAAAGGCGUAAAGUCACAUAGCAU